AGAAGAGAAAAAGCGAAACAGAAAAGAACUAACAAAACGCGCGUGUGUAUUUUUAGCGGCACAUUUUGCUUGUCGGUGUCUGUGUGUGUUGGUGGCGAGAAUUUUAUUUUUUAGUGAUCGGCACACGAUCGGCUCACCAAUAACACAUUCCGCUCGCCGCUCCCGUGAAUCGACCAAAUUUUGGCCCGUUUUUUUGGUAUUCGGCACGUUUCAUGUGGAACGGCUUUUUUUCCCGAGUCGGCGCCCACCUGUCCAUGCGCCCAUUGCCACCUCCACCGGAACCUGAGUAUGAGGUGAUUGACUACAGAAAAAUGGGCAACACGAAUUCGGCGACUACAACCAGAUCACUCCUUGGAUUAGCAGGCAAUGAAAUCCGAAGAAAGGGUGAUGGUAAGCACUGCGACCUUUGCGGUAGCACGGAACCGGCGGUCAGGUGCGAGGACUGCAACAAGCAGAUAUUUUGUUUGUCCUGCGAUGAUAUGUAUCACAGACAUCCCAAGAGACAAGCUCACAUUCGAAAGACUUUGGAUGACCGAUUCCAAACUUUUCGACCUCCACUUCCGCCAAAAGGUGGUUUGAUGCCAGCUCCUGUCCCUCCUCCUCGCAGAAACAAAAAGGACAUGAGGUCAUCGACCCCCAGCCCUGAAAUUCCGAGGAUGAUCCAGGAGAUCAACCAAAUGACCCAGGGUCGGGGUUACGGGGCUGACCAGGUCAAACCGGCGCUGCCCAGGAAAGAGUUUUCCUUGGCGGAGAAGAUGAAUAGCCUCAGACGAUUUAUGAGUGGCAGGCCGAGGCCUAAUCCUCAGAUGCACAUGGAGCAAAGCGCUCGGGUCCAGUUUGACGCUCAAGGUAUUCCAGUUCCUGUAGACGAUUACAUGAAUCAAAUAAACGGCAUGAACAACGGAAAGGAAAAUAUUUCUGGCAUGAUGAGACCGCCGGGCCCUGAAGUCUCUUUAAAACAGAAUUUUCCUGGCAAUGUUUUCGGUCCAUCUCAGCAACAGCAACAGAUGCAACCACCUCAGAGGGCACACAGGGCAGGGUUGAGCCAUUCAGUCAGCGUCGCAAACCUGCCCAAAGACAACAAUAGAAACUCGCAAAGUUACGACUUCCAAAACUACAAGCAAGUUGAACCCACGAUCGUCCCAGAAGCUGCUGCCUACAGGGGAAUACCGAUGGGCUACUCGAGGUAUGAGGGAGCCAUGUCACCUUUUGCCACUACUGGUAGAAGGAGGGCGACCAACCCGUACAUGGGCUACAGCCAACAAAAUCAGCAGCAGCAGCAACAACAACAGCAACAACAGCAGCAGCAGCAAGUCCAACCUCAGAGGGAAGUGCAGCAAUUCUGCUACAACCCUCGACCACCCCAGCGAAUGCCCUUGACCGGAAGCGUCCAUGAACUGCACAGCAGCCACUUGCAAGCUGCAAUGUUUGCUGAGCAGCAGAUGCAUCCCUCCAUGAUGGGCAUGGGAAAUUACCAGCAGCCUCCCUGGAUGGCUCCUCAGGCACCUCCUUAUUAUGGCGCUGCCCACCCUUAUGAAGAAAAUCCUCAGCCGCCUCAACGCCUCAUGCGGUCCAGCAGCAACACAAGUCUUUACAGUCGCAGUCGGCAGCCUGAUUUUUCCACAAUCAGUGGAGUGACAGGCCGCAAGGCAAUGGCCUCUUCACCAACAGCCAGCGUCAGGUCCAAGUGCAAGUCGCUGCCUGGAAGGAAGGACUCUUCACAGGAGUCCGAGGAGGAGGAAGAAGAGGAAAGUAAUGAAGAAGAAAAGGUCCCUGAAAAUGCGCCCUACCAGUGGGAGUGUGAGCACUGCACUUACGUUAACCCUGAGGGCACCAGGGUUUGUUCGAUAUGCUGCAAAACGCCUAGUGCCGACUUCCAUCCAGCCCCGGACACUCAAAACCAAGGGAGGCGCACAAUCAAACCGUCCAUCAGAAGAGGAACAGCCAAGCAGCAAAUCGCCAACAGGAGAGAAAUGAGGGCCAACGAAGAACGUAGGAGGACCUCUGAAAUCAGGGAGAUGAGAGAUUCAAGGGAUUACAGCAAGGAAGCCAGAGAAUCUGACUACUCGGAAAUGGGCAGGAGAAGUCUGCAGAGAAGACGCAAGAGCAAGACAGAAAUCAAUGGCUAUGCUGAGAUUGGAAAUAGGGCAACCAGGGCCAGCAGCCGACACAGAGAAAUUGGAAGCAGCGAUGACGAACGAAGGCCCGAAGCAAGGCCAGUGUCCAGCAAAGAGCGCCGCAACACAAAAUUCCCUUACAGCUCAACCCCAACUCCUCCGUCAUCGCCAAGGACUCUGCCCAGAAAUAGUAAGAAGAAAGUUUCCACUGCAGUCGGCUGCUCGCCUCCAAGGGAGCCUCCGCCAAAAGAAACUCCCCAGCCCAUUCGUCACUUUGUCUCUUGCUCCACCUCGCCCUUCAGAGAGCUGCCCCCAGCUUCGCCAAAACCACCUGUUGAGCCUCCAGUCAAGGAGAAAACACCAGCUAGACUGGAAGUUCCAGCAGCGCCUGUUGUCAAGGUGGAAUCUCCCAAGCCAGAGCCAAAAGUCAAGCAUUCUGUUUCAACGGGGACUUCGCCGCCACCACGGGAAAUCGGAACGCAGACUUACGAAGCACCAGCUGAAGUGGCCAAGUCAGAGACUGCAUCACAAAAGUCCUCGUCUAGAAGCCCAAGGUAUUAUAGAAAGGCUCCAUCCCCACGGCUGAAGCGGGCCAUGUCGUUGCACACUGGGACGCAAACGCUAAUGGACACUCCAGACAUGCCUGCUUUUCUUUGGGGUGAAGACGAAAGGCAGAAGCCGUCGUCAAAUCUCAGAAAGACGCUCAGCAAACAGUCGCUGCGCUUGAGCGACUCCCAGAGCCUUCCAAUGUCGUCUCGAGAAACCAGUCCCGAACUGGAUGAGCCUCUACCUGCCUACGAGUCGAACCACCACAUUAGUCGGUCGUCCCGCCGUGGUGUCCGUGGCAUGUCCACUUCCGACCUGUCCAGCAGCAUUUUGGGCGGCAGCAUGUCCUCACUGCGGACGCCCAGCAUCAGGGCCUACGACUCACGCACCAGCACCCUCACUAGCGGCAACGUUAAUAUCAGGGGCUCCUCCAUUAGGUCUGGGAGUCAACCGCCCGACAUAGGGAGAAGUCGAAAGAGCAGCGCCAGUUUCCAGGGACACGAAUUGGUUCGUCUAUUGAGAGAGGCAGAGGAGCACAGUUUCACAUCUGAGGAUGUGCAAGUGGCCUUGGAGCAAACCGCCGAAGGUGACAACCCAGGUCAGGACCCGAUCACUUGGCUAAGACAGCACUGGCGCAAUUUGAUCGACACAGUGGCCACUUUGGCCACCAACUACGGCCUGGAGAGAACGGAAAACACCAUUGGAGUUGUUUCCGCUUUUGAAGCCAGAGACGCCCUUCGACAAAAGAAGGGCAACGUUUGGUCAGCUGUGACCCAUUGCGUGGAACAGCGACAGAGCAAAUACGCGGAGAUGAUAAGCAAAGGAAACUUCACGCGCCAGGAGGCCGUGGCCGCUCUCGAGGCCAAUCAGGGCAACGUCGAAGCCGCACUAAUUCAGCUCAAUAAAGCGCAGUUGAAACCUUUCUUGAUGCGCAUCUGGGGACCACCCACUGAGGAGGAUGACAACAACGACGCCAAUUUGCAGUCCGUGGCUGCAGAUGAAAACAAUACAGAAUCUCUGCAGGAGUUCUCGGACGCCCGAUCCGACAUUGACAUCACCGAGGAGCUGCCACACGAUGAUGGUUCCGUCCACCCCCAAACCCCUUCGCCCACCAAAGAGCCUCUUCCGUCUACUCCAUCAACCUCAAGCUCAUCAGCUUCGCAAGAAAAAAUCAAUCUUGAAGUGGCUUCCAUCACUGCUAACAUGUCAUCUCCCAAUGUUAAUGCUGAUUUAGAAAACGCCAAGAAAAUCCUACUCAACUCAAAUGAGUCUCUGAAGCUUUUCAAUGACUACUCUAAAAAUAUUCAACUCCAAGCCCAGGACAUUACGAGUUUGGUGGAGAAUAUUUUGAAUUUGAGUAAAAUGAAAUCGACUGAAUCAGUAUUACCGCCUGCCAUUGUUGAAAAAGCAAAAGAGACGCCAGCAGUGAUGGAGGCUAAAAAAUUGCCUCAAGAAACACAAAGCACUCCCAAGUUGGAAAAGAAACAGGUCGUUGAACCUGAAUUACAGAAAGUAGCUGCGACAGUCAAACCCAGUUCCCCAGAAAAAUUAAUCGAGAAACCAGCAGCUAUUGUUGAAAAAGUGCCUCAGCCAGCCCCACAAAAGCCACCCAAAGUUGAGGAUUUUAAAAAAGAAACGCCUGAAAAACCUAAAGAACCCCCAAAAAAGGUUGAACCCAAAAUUCCAGAGCCAGUGGAAACAAAACCAAUUCAACCAGAAACCCCAAAAGCCAAAGCUCCAAUGUCCCCAACGGUUCAAAAUGUAAAAUCUGCUGAAUCUAUUCAAAGUUCAAAACCAACAGAGCAGACAGCAAAACUUCAAACAGCAGAGGCUGUUGUAAAGCCCAAAACACCGGAGGUUCAGCAAGUAAAAGCAAUCCCUGAAACUAAGAAUGAGCCACCUGCACCAUUACUGCCACCAAAACCCAACUCGCCUAAUUCAAAUCCAAAAUCUCCCGAACUUCCACCAAAAUCAAAAUCCCCUGAAGCCAAAACAGCACAAGAGGCAAAGAUUUCAGUUCCUGCGGCCGAGACCAAACCAAAAUCUCAAGAAAUUAAAGAAGUGAGGAAAGAAGAAAAUGCAGCUGCUUCAGCGCCGAAAGCUGAAUUAGAAGCUCCAAUCGCAAAGGAGGAAAUUAUUGUGCUAACUCCUGAAGUAAAGCGGAAAUCUCCUGAAAGGACAGUCGAGGUGGAAAAAACAAAAGAAAUUCAGGAAAAACCGGUCGAGAAAAAUGCCGAGGCAGAGGCCACAAAAGUUCAGAAAUCGCCAGAAACACCAAAGCCGCAGACAAAAUCACAAUCUCUCAGUGAGCCAACAGUGGAAGAAAAGAAGUCGGUGGCAAAAAAAACUGCAACUCCACCACCGCAAGCGCCGAUUUCUCCAGUCGAAAAUGAAAAUGAGGACUCGAUCAUCGAAGAGGACUCGGUGUCAGAAAAACUGAGCACCCUGAAAAGACGCCCAAAUGGCAAAAUCAUCUCAGCCUCAGGUGGUGCCAUGAUUUUUGCUCAAAGUAUGAUGAACGUCAGCAUGAUUGACGAGGUUGAUUCCAGCGUCGCUCGACUGACAGUUAAAAAGCUGCCCCAGAUCAGCAGUGGAAAUCCUUUGCCUACCCUAGGAUUAUUGCGACGAGGCCUCAGUCUUGAUGCUGCCAGUUUUCCUUCCACGAUGAGCAAAGAGCAGCUCAAGCAGCAUGAAUUCGAGCGUCAGGUGCGUCGUCUACUGGCUGAGGGCCUUGUUGACACUUACGAAAAGGCAGAACUCACGGUCAGCAUCCUGGGAGAGGGUUUCAGUAAAGAGGAUGCACUUUUUGCGGCCAGGGAGUGCCACUCUCUAGACUCUGCUUUGGCCUUUCUGCAGCAAGAGUGCGAGCUUUGCAUGGCAAAGGUUUCAGCAUCUGAAAUGAUUACCAUGCUGAAAUGUGUGCACCGUUGCUGUAGAGAUUGCGUCCAGCAUUACUUCAGUAUUCAAAUUAGAGACAGAAGCAUUGUUGAUGCUGUCUGUCCAUUUUGUAAAGAGCCAUCAGAUCUCAAUGCUAGACAGAGCGACGAUGUUGCUCUGGAAUAUUUCAGUAAUUUGGACAUCAUGCUGAAAAGUGUGCUUGAUUUCGAGGUCCAUGAAUUAUUCCAAAGGAAGUUAAGAGAUUUUACUCUAAUGCAAGACCCCAGCUUUAGAUGGUGCAUCAAGUGCUCAUCUGGGUACUUUGCCAAUCCCAAACAAAGGAGACUUGUCUGCCCUGACUGCAAAUCUGUCACAUGCGGCCAAUGUAGACAGCCUUGGAUGAAACAACAUGAAGGCAUUACCUGUGAUCAGUUUGCCAAGUGGCAGGAGGCCAACGACCCUGACAGCCAGAAGGUUGGUCUCGAGAGCCACCUGGCCGAGCACGGCAUCACCUGUCCUCAGUGCAUGAGCCGAUUCGCCCUGGCCAGAGGAGGCUGCAUGCACUUCACCUGUCCGCAAUGCAAGUUCGAGUUUUGCUCCGGCUGCAACCGGCGCUUCGUGAUGGGUGCCCAGUGCGAGGUGAGUCCGAAUUGUGCCCGACUCGGACUUCACGCACACCACCCACGCAACUGUCUCUUCUACCUGAGAGAUAAAGACCCUGCCGAGCUGCAGCAUUUGCUCAAUGUGCAGAAUAUUAAAUACAACACUGAAAGAGAAGGCGCCGAGGAGGGCGGAAAGUGCCGAGUGCAGCUCCAACGUGAAACUCCCUCCGGACUGCUCGACACGUACUGCAAUGAGGAAAUCCUGAAGGGUCACGCCGGACUGUGCAAGGCGCAUUACAUCGAGUACCUGUGCGGGCUGAUUCGAGAUAACGGGCUGGACCCGGUGAUCGUGCUGUCGGCAGACGACCUGGAGACGAUCGUCCGCCGGGCCCACAAACGCCUGCCGCCCAGGAUCUUCGGCAAGCCCGAGGCCGAGUAUCGCGAGGCGCUGUUGCAGGUUGUAAAAGAAGAAAUUCCUCUGGAUGCAUAAUGGAGAUUGCGCAGAUAAAAAGCUGAAGGAUGAUGAAGCAUUCACUCUCGAUGUGACCCCAAAUAAUUGUUUUUAUCCUCACGUGCAUGUUGCCAAAUUGUAAUUAAAGUCAACGCCUACGUCUCGGCGGUUCGUGGAAGAAUUUGGCUCUCUCGUCGUCGAUGCUUGUUCGCCGUUGGAAAAAAUUCGCAUUGUCCAAAAGCAGCCUGUGUACAUUUUGUAGGUAAAAAAAAAGAAAAGAAGAGCUCUUAUGUAAUUUGUAAAAAUUCCUCAUUAAAAAUAAAGGUAACGUAAAUUAUUAUCGAAAAGUAUAUCGUGCA